CAACUAGAUCAACAUGGCCACGUUGCUAGUUGCUGCCUCACAGCGGCGGACAAACGUCAGUAAGACGACGACGUAUAGCAGGAGGAGGAGGAUGGAGACAGCGGAGAAAUAAGCGACAAAACAACUACUCUGGUGUGUCCUACAGCAGAGCCGCAGUGACACUCAAGCGGACCAUGGUUAAGAAGUUUGAAGCCACUGAGCUAAAUACCAAAUUGCCUUCGACCAUCAAGAGAUAGCCAGUGUACAGGAUGAAGAUCCAGGAGGAAUGACAAGUCUCUUUAGCCUCGCCAUCAUUCAGAGAAAAUGCACUGGACCUGUGGAUACGUCUCUGUGCUCCUGGUGUCCCUUAUCACCUCUCACACCGCCUUAUCAGAGGACACUGAUGUAAACGGAACAAAGAGCGUCAAUGUGACCGAUGGUGGAUUUGUCCCAGUUGUGUUCACUAAAGUGAACCAGAUAAUUGCCCGGGAGGGAAGCUGCGUGCUGAUUGAUUGCAAUGUCACUGGAGACCCAUUCCCCAGUGUUCGGUGGUUCAACUCCCAUGGUGACCGUCUGGACACGGAGACAAGUGGUGGGAAGUGGUGGCUGCUGGACGACGGCAUUCUUAACAUCAGCAGCAUUGAGUUUGCAGAUCGUGGAAAGUACACCUGCAUGGCGUCCAACGCGCUCGGCAGUUCCAACUGCACGGUGACCCUCCGCGUGGUCAUCACCAAGGGCGACAUGGGCGUGUACUACAUGGUCGUGUGCUUGGUCACCUUCGCCAUCAUCAUGGCCCUGAACGUCACGCGCCUCUGCAUGAUGAGCAGCCACCUGAAGAAGACGGAGAAAGCCAUCAACGAGUUCUUCCGCACCGAGGGGGCGGAGAAGCUGCAGAAGGCCUUCGAGAUUGCCAAGAGGAUCCCCAUCAUCACCUCGGCCAAGACGCUGGAGCUCGCCAAGGUCACGCAGUUCAAGACCAUGGAGUUUGCGCGGUACAUCGAGGAGCUGGCCCGCAGCAUCCCGCUGCCGCCGCUCAUCAUGAACUGCCGCACCUUCAUGGAGGAGAUCCUGGAGGUGGUGGGCGUGGAAGAGAUGAGGCACACCUUCGUCAGACAAGCACCAGAGGGGCGGCGCGAGGUCACGGGCAGGGUCCCCUCCAUCGGGGCGAGAGACGUCUUCACCAUCCUGCAGGAGAGAGAGCACGGGCGGGAGAGGGAACGCAGCGAAUCUCCCGCCGCCGACUCCGACAACUCCUCCGUUCAGGAGCAGCCGCAGCACAUCGCCAUCCAGGUGUCUGUCCACCCGCAGCUCGCCGGCGGAGGUUACUGCAGCAUCGAGGCUCCACCUCCCCCAGAGGCCCCACCCUCCUCACCUCCCCCUCCCUCCCUACCACCUCUCAUUCCUCUUCACCUUGAGGAGCAACCUGAGGCGGGGGUGGAGGCAGGGGCGGAGGCGGAGGCGGAGGCAGGGGCGGUGGCGGAGGCGGAGCAGAGUGUGGAACAGGCUGCGACAGAGCCUGAGGCUAACAAGAGCCCGUCCUGCCAGGUGUUCUAUGAAAGCCAUGUGUGAUGAAACGAGGACUUCUCCUGCUAUGCAUUUUCACUUGAAAAAAAAUAAUCUAAAGGUCCACAAAACAUUUUCUUAGUUCACAUUUUGGAGAGAAUUUAUCAUACUUUUAUUUGUCUUUUCUGAACAGAACAAUCUCUUUAAACCUCUGUAGGCAGUUCUUACUGAUACAAGGUUUUUAGACACUUGAUUUUUGUUUCUCUCACUCUGGUCUUUCCAUGGUUGAAUGUACACGUGAGGUGGAAUAAACUAUGUUAUUAUUAAUGUAAAAAGCAGAGAAUUGUAAAGGAACAUAACCGUAUUGAAAUUACCAUCAAUUACACAUAUUAUUUAAAGUCUCACUUUAGGGUCCCUGAUAUUUCAGUCUUUAGUUUCUUACAGUGGUAAGAUUUCUAUGAAGAAAUCUGCCUCGUUGCUUUUUUUUCACAAAAACCAUGAACAUUCAAGUACUGGGGCCACGCGUGAAGACAAAAUGUUUUUUUUCAUGCCAUGACGAGAUUAAGCUCCACUGAAUCCGGACAGUCAGUGUCAGAUGUGGUUGAAAUGUGAGUUCGUUUUUGAGCUGCUGAAACUCUUUUGACUGGAAGCAGUAAAAAAUAAUAAUCACGUGAAGUCUCUCUCCUUGGUGACGUCAGCGAAACACAGUCUGAGACCGACUGUUCGGAUUCAGAGGCAGCGUCUGUGGAGCGGUCGCUCUCUCUGAUGGAAAUGUCGAGAUGAUUUUCCGACUGAAAUUUCGUCGUCAUUAAUCUAGUCAUGGCAAAAUAAAAUCAACUGUAUGGGUGGCCCAGCCUCCGUUACUGCUGAUCCACUUGUAUUUCACAAUGUCCCACUCACACAGAGAUGCAUGCUGGACUGAAUCAAAAAAAAUCAGAGUGGUCACAACUUCAUGAUUGUAUGUUCUACUGUAUGUCUCGAAAUAAGUAAACCAGGUUAACCUGAGUGUAUUCCCUGAUUGGGUCACACACGCACACACAUGCACACACACGCACACACAUGCACACACACACACUUCUGGAUAGAGUUUGUUUCCUUUGAUUUAUUAUUAAGUAUAAUAAUAUUAUUACCUGCUGUAUUGUGAUUUUGGUUCCUCAGCUAGUUAAAAAAAAAAAAAAAAGUCCUUUUGUCUUCUCAGUCGAGAAGAGAAGCUUGUUCUCCUCUGUCAUGUGCCCUUUUAGAUUUUUAACUCCACUUCUCAGCCUCCUCUCGCUUCUGCAGAGGCUUAUUUUCUUUCCAGUACAGUUGCAUUUCUGCUGCAUGUGAAAUUGAACAAUGGAGAUGUUUGCCAUCUUUCUGUGGGACUAAAAGGACUUCUUUCUUCCUUUGCUUGGCUAAUAGUCCAUUCUGUGGUGGAGAUGAACUGGACUCUGUUCUUUUACUGGUGCUCUUGAAAUGCCUCCGUUUUUUUUUGGUAGUGGAAUAAAAAUGGAAGUGCUGUGCAAAAAAAAAAUCAAUAAAAUAAAAUAAUUUAUCUAGA